UUGACUAGAACACGGAAGUAAGAUUAGAAACGAGUUUGUUUUGGCAAUAAUUUAGUGGAGUAAAAAUAAGACAUACUGACUGAACUGAAUAGACGACCCAACUCUCAUUCGACUGAAAUGUCUAAACUACAGUUGUUGCGUUUGUUUUUAAAUGAGCGCUUAACGGCGGCUGCUGUGGAGAUUUUUGGGGCAGUUGAGAAAACGGUAGAGGAAUACCAGGAGGAGAACGAUCGGCUACGGAGACUGCUGCGGAAUCGAAUCACACCGGAGAUAAAACUAUGUAGAAUAGACUCCCUGCAGCUCUCUGUCUCUGAAGAGGAGGUUACCCCUGAGCAGCAGCACUGUGAGCAGGAGUGGAGCCCCAGUCUGGGACAGGAGGACCCAGAGCCCACACUGAUUAUAGACGAAGAGGAGGAACUCAGGACCAGUCAGGAGGAAGAACAGCUUCAAGGGCUGGAGCCUGAUAUAGAAUUCAUAUUCACUCCUUCCUGUGUGAAAAGUGAAUGUGAUCAGGAGGACCCACUUUGGUCCUUGACUCUUCCCCAAACCCAGACUGUGGAGAACAGAGAGAGUCACUCUAAACCAGUGGAUCUCAAAUCUUUUGGCACUGUGACCCACUUAAAGGGUCUCGACAUUCCCUGUGACCUUCCAUAUAAUCGUAACAAUGCCUCCAGCCACAGCUCAGCCAUAAGCAGCGACCCAGUAGGGCUUGACAUCAGACCACCAUUUGAUCACAACGCACCAAUGGGGGAACCCUGCAUCUGCCCCUUUUGUGGCAAGACCUUCAAACAAAAGGGAAAUCUGUCCAUGCACAUGAAGAUUCACACAGGGGAGAAACCUUUCUGCUGUGGUGACUGUGGGAAACGCUUCAAUCGCAAGGAGCACUUGACCAGACAUAUACGCAUUCACAGAGGAGAGAAACCAUUCAGCUGUCAUUUUUGCUGUAAAAGCUUCAAUCAGAAAGGUGACCUAAGGAGACACAUACUGACUCACACAGGAGAGAAACCAUUUAGCUGUGGUGACUGCGGUAAAGGCUUCAUUCGCAAGGAACACCUAAUUGCACAUAUACGGACUCACACAGGAGACGUGUCGGUGUCAAGCAGAGCCUAACCAUGCCUAAACUGGCAAAUAGAUCUCUGAUGGAUUUACUGUCAUAAAACAUUGUAUGUAAAUAAAGUUUGAUUUGAAUGAUGAGGUAAUGAUCAAACUAGGGGUGCACCGAUAUGACAUUUUUGGCCGAUGCCGAUAACCGAUAUUACAAUUUUUUUGCGGACUUUCAAGCAUUCUAGUACAGUUAGAGUUAACACACACACAUACACAUGGACUCAGUGGUCUAAGGCACUGCAUCUCUGUGCAAGAGGCGUCACUAUAGUCCCCGGUUCGAAUCCAGGUUGUAUCACAUCCGGCCGUGAUUGGGAGUCCCAUAGAGCGGUGCACAAUUGACCCAGCGUCAUCCUGGUUUGGCCGGGGUAGGCCGUCAUUGUGAAUAAGAAUUUGUUCUUAACUGACUUGCCUAGUUAAAUAAAGGUUACACACACCACACUGACCAAAAAGUUAUUUUGUUGGCAUUUACAUUAGCAUGCUUAUAAAGGACAUUCAACAAGCACAGCACUUACACAAAUUACUGAUGAUUGGCUGAGAGAAGAGAAUGAAACUACUGAAGUGUAGUUUCAACUGUCUGUCCGUGGCCUCUCUUCUUCGGUGCGCAAUGUCACUGUGUCCGUUUCCAUCUUGUCCAGCUGUGUCUGUAACAUUUCAUGUAAACCCUGUUUCUUGUCUGCAUCGAGGUAGCGGUCCUUGUACCUAGCAUCAAGCGUAGUGGCAACACAGUAAAGAGGCUCAGAGAGAAUGCCACCGAAUCCCUUGUUCACAGCCUCUAGUAGAGGACUUUUACAAGUUUUGACCCCACGGUCUGUGUUGGCAGUUUUGUUGAGCGUUUAAAUGCCAUGACAGAGGGGGGUAUCACGUCUGCUGCAGACGCAGUUGAUGAGCUUAUUUCUCCAGUCAGUUGUUCCAAUGGAGCUAGGAGUGUGUUCAUGUUUCCAAGUUUCAAACAUGUUCUCAAAUGCCAUUGAAAUGGCAGCAGCGGUAUGACAACCAGGACAUUCUUGAGGUAGCAGUACGGCUUUUCUCAGGACGAAAUCCUCAUCGACCCACUGUGCUGUCAGUCUCAGCAGGCUCAUGGGGCUGACAUCGCUGGUCCAAAUGUCAGCCGUGAAGCUAAAAGCAGUGACGCUCAUAGAUGUACAUUUCAACAAUACUGUGUAACUCUGGUAGGGCAACAUCUGAAAAAUAGCGUGUACCCGGGGCUCGACCAGUCGGCGAAAGCCAACAUCAUCCACGACAGAGGACGGUUGAUUGUCAAAGGCAAUGAAUUCCAUUAUCUUGGCGUUAAUGGAUUUCACCUUUGAGUUGUCUCGCUGAAAUUUUCUUACUCUUUCAAAUGACUGCUGGACUUCAACUUGUUUAGUUGUUGGAAGUGUGUGUUUAGUAUUUUUCUGUUUUUGUUUUUGGUGUAGCGCUGUAUUUUUCGUGGCGUCAUUAUAUCAUCUACCUACGUUAUAUCGGUACGCACGUCAGCUUUGACAUCGGUUUUACACACCGGCGUUAAACUAGACAUCGGGCCGAUGUUGGCAUUUUUAGCUAAUAUUGGCCGAUUCCGAUAUGCUCACCGAUUAUAUCGUGCACCCCUAGAUCAAACAGUACAGAGUAUUGUAGAAAAUUCACAGUUCUGCUGUACAAAGUCUGUUUAAUUUUUCCCUUCAUUAGAAACAUGAAUAUCUAUCUGGUUGUUGGAUUUGAAAUGUCUCUCAAGGUGAUGACAUAAUGGUCUCUAAGGUGAUGACAUAAUGGUCUCGCAAGGUGAUAACAUAAUGGCCGGGCUGUUGUAAUUGAUACAUUAAAUAAAAUAAAUUCCAUUUGUCCAAGA